CAGCACUCUCCAGCACUCUCCAUCUAGCACACACCUGACAUCUGCAGCUGAGGGCCAGGAGACAUGGCAUCGGUUCUACGCUGGCUGUGGGUUAACAGAAACUACUUCAUCAUCUUCAUCACCCCCCUUCUUAUAUUGCCCCUGCCGCUGGUCUUCCCAACUCCGGAGGCAAGAUGUGGUUUUGCCAUCAUCCUGAUGGCGCUGUACUGGUGUACAGAGUGCAUGCCGCUGGCCAUCACUGCUCUGCUGCCUGUCAUCCUCUUCCCAAUGAUGGGCAUCAUGGAAUCUGGAAAGGUGUGUGUUGAGUACCUAAAGGACACCAACAUGCUGUUUAUUGGGGGUCUACUGGUGGCUAUAGCUGUUGAACACUGGAAUCUCCAUAAGCGUAUCGCCCUGAGUGUUCUCCUAAUAGUUGGAGUUCGGCCUGCUUUGCUGAUGAUGGGGUUCAUGAUCGUAACAGCCUUCCUCUCAAUGUGGAUCAGCAAUACGGCCACCACAGCCAUGAUGUUGCCCAUUUCUCAAGCUGUUCUAGAACAGCUCAGUGCCACAGAGGCCGACAGCGAUGAGAAAGAGCUUAGGGAAGGCCAAGAUAACCGAGCAUUUGAGUUGACCGAGGUCAACAUCAAACAUCCUUUGGACAAUGUCACUGGAGACAAACCCAACAACAACCCAGAUCUGGAGGCAAGAAUCAAUGCACUCUCUGAACGCAGGAGGAAAGAACGUGAAGUGAAGUACCUUCGUCUCUUUAAAGGAAUGAGUCUAUCUGUGUGUUACUCUGCCAGCAUUGGAGGAACUGCCACCCUAACGGGCACCACACCAAAUCUUAUUCUCAAGGGCCAGAUGGAUGACAUUUUUCCAGAUAACAAUGACGUGAUCAACUUUGCCAGCUGGUUCGGUUUUGCCUUUCCUAACAUGGUGCUGAUGCUUGCGCUCUCUUGGUUUUGGCUGCAGUUCAUGUACUUGGGAUUUAACUUAAAAAACAGUUUUGGCUGCGGUUUGAAAAAUGAGGGAGACAAAGAAGCUUACAGAGUGAUGAAAAAUGAAUACAAGAAGUUGGGCCCGAUAUCUUUUGCUGAGGGCGCAGUGCUUGUCAUCUUUGUGAUCCUGGUGAUCCUGUGGUUCACACGAGAACCAGGGUUCAUGCCAGGCUGGGCUACUGAGCUCUUUAACAAAAAUGGACAAUAUGUCACCGAUGGCACUGUGGCCAUUUUCAUGUCAACCCUGUUCUUCAUCAUUCCAUCUCGGCUAGACUGUUCAUGUUCUGUCAGUGCAAAUGAUGAACAUGAUGAAGAAGCUGAAGGAGUGGGGGAAGAAGAAAAACAGAAGAAGGACAAGAAGAACAAACUGAGGGGUACUCCCACUCUUCUAAACUGGAAGGUGAUACAUGAACACAUGCCUUGGAACAUAGUGCUGCUCCUGGGUGGAGGAUUUGCCUUGGCAAGAGGAAGUGAGGUAUAAUUUAAUA